UUACUUUGCUACUUAAUUACUUUGUUAAUGCUAAAAGAGUGUUUAUAAAAACAAAAACUGAAUGUAUCUGGGUGUUUAUAUAUAUAUAGAUAUAUGUUUCAAAAUAAAUUGUUAACUGUCGUUAGAUGCUGCCGGAGGUUUUAGACUUCCGUUAGCUAUUUCAAACCGAUCCCAUCAUACCCUAUACACCAAUUUACCGUUGCAAAUAGGUUAUUAUACACAUUUACGUAUUACGGAGUAUAUGUGUAAUGUACAUAUCAUAUAGCACCACGAUUGUUUUAUUUUAAAACAAUAUCAUGUUACUCAAUAUGCUGUUAUACGUGUAUUGCUUUCUCACACUUAGUAUUUAUAUUGUGGCGUUGAUCAUGCCAUUCAUUAGAGAUGGGUGACGGUUUCUCGGGUUUCUGUGCUAAUUUUUUUCCAUGAAACUAUCGAGUCGAAAGCAGAAGUUUGGCCUUUUUCAGUCUGUCAUCGAAUGUCUAUAAUAGAUUGACUUGAACAAGGACAAAAUACGGGUUUUAUUAUUUUACACUUCCCUUACGACACAGUGUUCUCUACAGGCGGGGUGCCGCCUCUCUACCGUACAUGUGUAUGUCUCGCAUAAUAUCCUCACAUGGGCUUUUUAGAUCGGUUUUUCAAAGCCUGUUGAUUUGCCCUUUUUAUCAGUUUAUUAACAAAUUGUGUUGCGUGAACUUCUUUCUUUUUUAUUUAGCGAUCUUGGCAGAAAUCCCAAAAAGUCGUAACCCCAGUCUUUUGACUGAGCAAGAAUUCCGCAUGUAAACUAAUAGUUACGUAAGUGUGAUGCUAAAAACGUGGUCGGGAAGUGCCGUGUUCCCAGAAAAGAAAGCUAUUCCUGGGUAGUGGAGAAUUAUCGAGCUGACAGCUGAUUAUAUGUACUCUUGUUACAGAGUCAGUGACGAGCUAAAAGAUGCCGCCUAUCUGGCCAUGAAAGAAAGUGGAGUAGAGUUUAUUGCUAGCAUGAACAUGUACUUCAACAAAAAUACAGGUUUAUACUACUGCCAGAGUUCAGGUCUCUACUAUGACACAAAGAUGUCUGUGUUUUACACGCUAGAGGAAGGGAAGUACUCUUACCAUUCGAGCGCUAAGCCAGACGAGACCAAAUCGGCGUUUGCAAAGACGUGUAUCAGGGCGAUAGUAAAAGAUACAUCCUGUCACAAAGUUAAACCAGGACAACUGUACAUGUUUACUUGUAUGGGUGGUUCUGUAGGCCGAGAAGGUAACCACGUGGCAGUGUUUCCAGAGAUAAGAGUCAGUAAACGUCACGCUACUGUCUCCUACUGUAGUGGCAGGUAUUACAUAAUGGACGAGGGGACAAUGAACGGUUCAUUUCUCAACGGAGUGAGACUAAGUGUUCAAAAAGUUGUCAGCGAAAGAUUCGAACUGUCCCACCUAGACGAGCUACGUAUCGGGAGCACGACUCUCCAACUCCACAUCCACGCUAACCACGACACGUGCAAAUGGUGUGAGCCGGGGCUCAAUGUCCCCUCCGACAAACCCAUCGCUACCACCAUCUCAGAGCCUCCGACCCUGUAUAAACAGAGGAAUAAGGAGACGAACAGGUUGAAACGGAAAUAUAAACUCAUGGGUAGUGGUUGAAUACCUUUAGCUUAACUUUUUCAUACCUAUUGUGUUUCAAAAAAUAUUUGCUGCUAUGACUUAUUAUCUUAUCUGGGAAGAAUGAUAUGUGAUUUUUAGCCACUCAUAUAUUGUAUUUUUGGUUUUGUACUUUUUAAUUAUUAUUAUUUUCCCGGAUUUGUGUUUCUUUUAACCUCCACCCUUAUUACUUGUGUGAACUGUGAAUAGAUUGCACGAAUACAUUCUGUGAAGUGACAUGUCUGAAUUUU